AUGGUUGCUCAAUCAACUAAUGCUGAGGCCAGUACCUUUUAUAUGGCUAAUUCUGAAACUGCAAAUAUUAAAAGUAGCACUUCCUAUAUGUUUACUGCUGAAGCUAUUACUUUUGAUGCAGUAAAUGCUAAAUUCAGUACCUUCUACAUAGUUAAUGUUCAAACUAAUAGCUUAUAUAUAAUUGAUACUAAGACUAAUGCCCUCAGCAAAAAUGCAUUUUAUGAUAAAGCAACUGCUGAGAAGAUUAACAGUAUAGGUAUUAGUAAUACUGUAGUAUAA